AUGUCUGAUAUCAUUGAUUCCAAUGUCAAUCCUAAUACAAAUGAUAUCAUCGAUUCCAAUAUCAAUACCGAUGCAAAUUAUCCCAAGAUCAAUAAUAUCAAUAUCAAUACGAACGAUAUCAUAUCAAAUGAUCAUAUAGCAUCUAUUAAUGAUACUGCAACUAUUAAUUAUAGCGGAUUUUUUGAAGGUCCCGAGAAAUUACUAGAAGUAUGGUUCGGAGCGUCACCUGCAAUUGCUAUCAAAAAUCGAAAUCAUGACUAUAGUGGUAACGAUAAUAGAUCAAAAAGAAUAGGCCUCAGACAAGUGAAAACACAAUUCUGGAAAGAAAUGCUAGAGAUCGUAAAAUGUCAGAUAAUAUCCGUCAUUUCGAAUGAUUACGUGGAUGCUUAUUUGUUGAGUGAAUCAUCACUGUUUGUCUAUCCACACAAACUCAUUUUGAAAACAUGCGGCACCACAAAACUACUAUUGGCGAUACCACAACUCUUAAAAAUCGCGGCAGAACAUUGUCAUUUUUAUAAAGUAUGGCGAGUAUUUUAUUCGCGUAAGCGUUUUAUGUUUCCCAAGCAGCAGCUGCAUCCGCAUAAGGAUUGGGAAAAUGAAGAAGUUACUUAUUUAGAUAAUCUUUUUGAUAAUGGAGCUGCAUACAUAGUCGGUAGGAUUAACGCCGACUAUUGGAACCUAUACCUUACCUCACCACAAGACGACGUUCUACUUGAUCAUCAAUAUCAACAUUCAACUCCUGCCAUCAUCACUACAACCACUACCUCCAAAACACUACCUCCUCAUCAUAUCCCCGAGCCACCGAUCAUUGACAUGCACCCACCAACAAAUUUUCUUGAUUCUGAAGAAGAACUGGAACAAGAUACGUUAUCACCCACAACCAUGAAAGCCAUCACGACAACUGCGUCCGAAUUUCAAGACCAAACGAUUGAAAUUUUGAUGACAAACCUAGACAGUUCUAGCGUUCAAAAAUUUUAUCAGAGUAAUGCUUCAAAUAAUGAAGCCGGAACUAAAGAUGGGGCACGUAUCGACAAAGAAUCCGGACUUGCAAAUUUAUACCCGGGUGCGAAACUCGAUUCGUUCCUGUUUACACCGUGUGGGUACUCUGCGAAUGCACUUCUCGACGAGAAUUAUUUUACUGUGCAUGUUACUCCGGAGCCGUCGUGCUCUUAUGCAUCCUUUGAGUCUAAUAUUCCUUUGUCACUCCAUUAUAAUGAUUCUUCUACUUGUUCGACAGUAUCAGACUUAAUAAGAAACGUCAUCUCCAUAUUCAAUCCGGGUAAAUUCAGUGUUACCUUAUUCACCAGCACCGACUCACGCAGGGAUAAAAGACAUUUGGUGGCAUCUUUGGGUGAUGAUAUUGUGAGAUUUGUUAGGAAAGAUCGUAUUUUGUAUGAGCUUGAUGGAUAUGAUUUGAUUUUUGCGCAUUUUGAGAAAAAGAGCCGUUCUCGUUCCUACUCUAAAAGUCGCUCACGCUCUUUAUCAUACUCACGAAGUCGCUCUCGCUCACUACCACCUUCACGUAGUAGAAGAGGCGCCUCUUCGCCUGCACCACUGACAAAGAUUAUCGUGGAGAAGUUGACAAAGAAUGUGACCGUGGCACAUUUGCAAGAGAUUUUUGGAACGUUUGGGACUAUCACUCAUAUUGAUUUGCCGAUUAAUAAGAAAUGGAAUGCCAAUAGGGGUAUUGCGUAUAUUGAAUAUUCUACCAGGACAGAAGCAGAGAGGGCUGUAAGCUAUAUGGAUGGGGGACAACUUGAUGGAACUGAAUUAACGUGUGCAUUUGUACCAAGACGUCCCUCUCCUCCCCCAAUACCAGCACGUCGCAGAGUUAGUAUAAUAUUAAUUUUCACAACAAAAUAUAAGCAGCAACAAGAUACAGCUCACCACCACGUAGAUUUGGUCCAAGCAGCUACCGAGGCCGAGCUCGCUCUCCAAUUCGUAGCAGCAGAUACUCAAGAUCUAGAUCUAGAUCUCCGGUUCGUAGACGACGUUCAUAUUCUUCGAGUUCGUAUAGUUCACGUAGUAGAUCUAGAACUCCGUACUCAAGGAGUAGAAGUAGAAGUUACUCGCUCAGUCGGUGCUACUGAAGGAACCAGUGAACCCGUGAGCUCUUAUAAAAAUAUAUUGAUUGAGAGUAACGGAAAGGUUGGCUUGAUAACCUUGAAUCGGCCAAAGGCAUUGAAUGCUCUAUCAAGUGAACUUUUCCACGAAAUCAAUGAUGCACUUGAAAAAUAUCAGAAUGAUCCAGAGAUUGGAGCUAUUGUAAUUACCGGAAGUGAUCGGGCGUUUGCAGCUGGUGCGGAUAUUAAGGAAAUGCAAGAUAAAACUUUUGCAGAAGUUUACAAAUCCAAUUUUCUUGGACAUUGGGGAAAGAUUAAUGAGAUACGGAAACCAAUUAUUGCUGCCGUCAAUGGUUUUGCGUUGGGCGGAGGAUGUGAGUUAGCAAUGAGUUGUGAUAUUGUAUACGCUGGAGUAAAGGCGACAUUUGGCCAGCCUGAAAUCAAACUUGGAGUGAUACCAGGUGCCGGAGGCACACAACGUCUCACUCGUGCUAUCGGUAAAUCCAAAGCGAUGGAAAUUGUUCUUUCGGGUAGGAAUUUUACCGCGGAAGAAGCCGAAAGGUGGGGUAUCGUGAGCAAAGUGCUGCCAGUUGAUAAAGUAUUAGAAGAGGCGAUCAAUCUGGCUCAGCAAAUUGCGAGUUUAUCACAACCAGUUGUCCAAGCUGGAAAGGAAUCAGUUAAUAAUGGGACGUCAUUCGAAUUAUCGCUGAAAGAAGGAUGUCAUUUCGAGAGGAGGCUCUUCCAGGGCACUUUUGCAUUGCGUGAUCAAAAAGAAGGAAUGAAGGCUUUUAUUGAAAAGCGCGAGCCGAAAUGGACCAAUGAGUAA